GUUGACAAUAGACAAACAUUUAUAACUAAUAGCGUCAAUAAAUAAUUGUUACAUUAGUUUCAACAUUAAAUCAAUGGAUAACGUGUUUAAUAUUAAUAUCUAACACAUCGUAUGUUUUGAUAACGUGUUUUGUGAGACCAGUGGUCACACAUUCAACACUUCCGACGGUCAAUGGUAUUGAGGACACUAAAAGUGUUGACAGUUUUAUAUCAGCCAAUCAAUGGAUGUGCUGAACGAUAGUGACGACUGUUCGCGCUAUAACUCCGACGAAAUUAGUUCCGAUCUCGAGGUUGAACUGUACGGAGCUAUUCAUCACUCGUUUGCGGACACAAUCGAUGGCCGACUAAAUGAAAAUAAUAGUCAUUUGCCGAUACGUUUAGAAGAGAAAAUCAAAAGUAUAGAUAAAAGACAAUUGUUUUCACUGCCGAAGUCCGAAGUCAACGAUAAUAAUAGGAAUAAUAGUUAUGAACUUAAAUUGAGUUCAAACAAACCGCUGACCAAUUUGUUUACACUUUUGGCUAAAAGAUAUGAUAUGGAUGAAGACAUUGAGGAUAUUGACAGCGGUGUAGAAGUGAUUAAUAAUGUAGACAUGAGUUGUACUAAACGAAAGAUAGAGUUAAUUGAAUUGAACGACAACUCGUCAGAUGAUUCCGAUGUCGUUAUAAUUGAUAAUAACAGAAGUCAUUGUAGAAAUGAUAUCAUUAGAUAUAGCUCACCGAAGAAGACUUCGCCAACAAAACAGUCACCAAAGUGUUCACCGAUAAAGUCGUCGGACAUAUCGUUUGGAAAUGUUAGUAAUUUGAAUGAAACAACACUGUCAUCAUCGAUGGACCAGUUCUACAAUGAAGACGAUUACGACAGUGAAGAAGAAAGAGCACAAUACAAGAGAAUGAGUGGCGACAGGAGUUUGUGGAGAAUUAGUUAUAAUGAUCUUCUUGUAAAUAAUACCAGAAGUAAUCGAUAUUACAGAAACAAAAUGUUUUGUAAUAAUUGUAAAGAAAGGGGACAUCAGGCCCGAGACUGUCCAAUACCUAAGAAAUUGCCGAUUUGUUAUAUGUGCGGCCAGAGUGGCCACGUCUCGGAAAAGUGCAAAUCGAUUAUCUGUUCCAUAUGUCUGUCGAGUAAACAUAAAACUAGUUAUUGUAAUCUUAAGGUUAAUGCAUUGGUUUGUGAAGUUUGUAAUAAAUUAGGACAUAAAACAAAUCAAUGUACUUAUAAUUGGAGAAAAUAUCACUUAACGACGACAUUUACUUCACAAGAUCCAGUGAUUAACAAUUUGUCAGCGAAUUUGCGGAAAUGUUGCUAUAAUUGUGGUGCUAUUGGCAAACACUUUGGAUUUGAAUGUCAUAUAAAAGGAAUAUCCAAACAUAUGAGCCCAGUAUCCCCUCUAAUGUCAUCUAUAAGACGAACUCAUUGUUUUAAUAGCAGUAAAGAUAAUAAUAACAGAAGAAGAAACGAUUGCAACAAAAAAGCCUUAUGUAAUGAAUUUGUGAAAAGCAUUUCCAGUAAUGAAUUGAGUUGUUUGAGCGCAUCAUUUAAUAAACCAUUAGAUGAGCUGAAUUUGAGUCAAACCAGUGCCACAUCCACUCCUCCCACCACUCAUUUGAAGACCACAUUUAAUAAUAAUAAUAAAAAUAAACACAUUAAAUGGAUUUAUUACGAUCGUGAUGUCAGCAAUAGCUCAGACUCUAGUGAUAUCGAGGCCGACCAAAGACAUCAAAAACCGAAACCUGGUUCGUCAAGAAAUGGUUUAAAUAAUAGAUCCAUUGGUGAACAGCGAAUAUUAAAUGAGACAUCUUUUAGUAGACUAAAUGACAACAACACUAUACUCAAUGCUUUCGAAGGCUUAAGGAGUUCACAGACUCCGGCGCACCGGACGAUCGAUACAUCAGGAGUGCACUGGAAGAGGCAUAUCUCCCAACACAACAUCGAUAGGUCAAAGAAAAAGAGAAAUAAACACAAAAAAUUGAAAACUGACCAAACGGUAACCAGAAAUGACAAUUUAUUUAUCACUGAAUAUCAUAUGCAAUCUACAGUAAAGUCGAAAAAUAAUUGGUCGAAUAGAUUCAAACAUAACAACAAAAAGAAAUUUCAAAACAAACUUUAAGAUAACUUUACUAUUCAAUUGUUUUUACGACUGUAUAUAAUUAAGUUUUUUC